UUAAAAUAAAUAAUAUAUUAAAGAGGGAUAAUAAUAUAUAUUAUUAGAAAUGAGUGAAAAUGCAUCAAUUAUUGAUAUGCCUGAAAGUAAUGGUGGAUCAGAACAACCUAGUUACAAUGGAGAAACUGAAGAACAUACAAACAAAUCACCAGGAAGUGGAGAAGAUAAAACACCCGAUUCAGUAUGUGAUAAUGGGAUUAAAAAGAAUAAUAUAGCUUCUAUAGUUGGAAGUAAUACUACUAAUACAACUAGUAGAGCUAAAAAGAGGAAGAAAGCUCCUAGAGAUGCCACAGCCCCAAAACAACCUUUAACUGGUUAUUUCAGGUUUUUAAAUGACCGAAGAGAGAAAGUAAGGAACGAAAACCCUACCCUGUCAUUUGCUGAAAUCACAAAACUUCUUGCUUCAGAGUGGAGUACUCUACCUGCUGAUCAAAAGCAACAUUAUUUAGAUGCAGCAGAGCAAGAUAAGGAACGUUAUAAUCGUGAAUUUAGUGAUUAUAAACAAACAGAAGCAUACCGAUUAUUUAGUGAAAAACAAUCUUCAGAAAAACAACAAGAAAAUAAAAAAGAAAGAAAUGGAACUGAUAUAAAUUCUGAACAAAAUGAUAUUCAACAAGAUAAAGAUAAUGACUUCACAGGUUUUGAUAUACCUAUUUUUACAGAGGAAUUUUUGGAUCAUAAUAAGGCAUGUGAAGCUGAAUUGAGACAGUUAAGAAAAGCUACAUCAGAUUAUGAAGCUCAGAAUGCAGUGCUUCAACGACACGUAGACAGCUUAUAUGCAGCUGUAAAUCGUUUAGAAUCUGAAACAAACCAACAACGUACAACAAAUCAAGCUCUACAGCGUCAUUUGGAUUCUCUUCGUUCGCAAUUAGCCGGUUGUUUCGCCACAGUACCUUUACCUGGAACGAAUGACGGAGCGACAUUACAAAAUAUUGAUAAUUACGUCGAAAGACUUGAAUCAUUAUUAAAUGGCAAUGUUGAACAAUCUCUAAGGAACGCUGUGCGUAAUGCCGUAUCUCGAUUUGAAUUAAUUGGAUGACGAUCGCCUCCCGGUAGUACAACUACUACGCCAAUAAAACAUCAUCGUUCAAGGCAUUCACAUCGAAAAUAAUAUAAAAGUG